AUGGAGCAGAACAAAAGAAAAAAAAAAGCCAAAGUGUGUGUGUGUGUGUGUGUGUGUGUGUGGUCUCUCUCUCUCUCUCUCUCUCUCUCUCUCUCUCUCUCUCUCUCUCUCUCUCUCUCUCACGCCAUCUUCCUCUCUCUCUCUCUCACUCUCUCUUCUGUGUCUUUGCUCGCUCUGUCUUUCUUUCAAGCAUUUAACGUUCUGCUGUUUGUGAGAACCAUGUGCAUUAUUGUCUUCGAGUACCGGCCCGAGGCCAAGUCGGGGUAUCGGCUUGUUCUUGCUGCCAAUCGAGAUGAGUUUUUGCAUCGUGCUACCCUCCCCGCUGCGCCCUGGGAGGAUGGUGUCGUCAUUGCCGGUCGCGACGCCGAUCCUACUCGGCCCCCGAAUGGAAGCUGGCUGGGUGUAUCGCGUCAUGGCCGCAUCGCUGCCUUGACCAAUGUUCGCGAGCCCGCGCCAGCUCCCCCAGCCGACUCGCGAGGCCGUGGCGAGCUCGUGAAUCGCGUGCUGACAACUACUGAUGCCGAAGUUGCGGCUGUUAUGGCAGGCAUCCACCGUCAAGGCGAAGACUACGGUGGUUCGCAUCUUGCGUUGGCCAAGGCACCAAGCUUUAAUCUCUUGGCCUUUGACAUGCUACAGCCAGCCGCCCACUGUGCGACAAACAGAGGUGGUAAGGCUUGGACAGACCUACCUCAAAGCUUUGCACCCAACCCCGUCCUCACGGAGGUUGACUCUGGUGUCCACGUCCUCACAAACGGCUUACUCAAUUCGCCUUGGGCCAAGGCGGAGCGCUUUGAUGCUAGCAUGCCGUCUCAUGUAAGCACUUCGCCACAACAGCGCUUGCGCGAAGCCUACCACGACGUGCGCGCUGAGCUCUGGGACACCAAAUCAGUAGACGACAGCAUCCGCUUGCUGUUGCCUCUGCUCUCUGAUACGACACGAGCACAUCCCUCCAACCUGCCGGGCACGGGCUUACCUGAGAGCAUCGAGCUGCCCCUGAGCUCGGUCUUUAUUCCCCACGGGCCACUCGGUUCCAUGGGUGCUUACGGGACCCGCGCACAGACCAUUGUCAUGGUGGAUGCUGAUAAUCAGCUCACGUUUUAUGAGCGCGCCUGGCAGCCCUCUGGAGAUUGGUUGGAAUACUCGACAACUGUACAGAUUGAACCCCUGCCCGCUGCCGUGCCUUGA